GGGCCGGAGCGCGGGUCACGAGCGGCCACCGGGCGGGCGGCGGCGGCGCUAUGGCCUCGGAGCGGGCGGUGCGCGGCCGGCUGCAGCGCGCGGGCCAGGAGCACCUCCUGCGCUUCUGCGCCGAGCUGGCGCCGGGGCCGCGGGCCGCGCUGCUGGCCGAGCUGGCCGAGCUGGAGCCGGACGCGCUGCGCGAGCACUGCCGGCGCGCGGCCGCGGCCAGCGCGCGCGCCCCCGGGCCGCCACCCUUCCCGGCCGCGCGCCUGCGGCCACUGCCCCCCGAGUGCGUGGGCAGCGCGAGCCGCGCGGACCCCGAGACGCGGCGGCGCUGGGAGGACGAAGGUUUCCGCCAGAUCGCCCUGAACAAGGUGGCUGUGCUCCUGCUGGCCGGGGGCCAGGGCACCCGCCUGGGCGUGACCUACCCAAAGGGCAUGUACCGCGUGGGGCUGCCCAGCCAGAAGACCCUGUACCAGCUGCAGGCGGAACGGAUCCGGCGGGUGGAGCAGCUGGCCAGCGAGCGCCACGGGAGCCCCUGCACCGUGCCCUGGUACAUCAUGACCAGCGAGUUCACGCUGGGUCCCACUGCCGAGUUCUUCAAGGAGCACAACUUCUUCCGCCUGGACCCUGCCAACGUGGUCAUGUUUGAGCAGCGCCUGCUGCCUGCAGUGAGCUUCGAUGGCCGGGUCAUCCUGGAACGGAAAGACAAGGUCGCCAUGGCCCCAGAUGGCAACGGGGGCCUGUACCAGGCGCUGGCUGACCACCAGGUCCUGGAGGACAUGGCUCGCCGGGGAGUGGAGCUCGUGCACGUGUACUGCGUGGACAACAUCCUGGUGCGGCUGCCCGACCCAGUCUUCCUCGGCUUCUGCGUGCUGCAGGGCGCCGACUGCGGUGCCAAGGUGGUGGGGAAGGCCUGCCCCGAGGAGCCCGUGGGUGUGGUGUGCCAGGUGGACGGAGUCCCCCAGGUGGUGGAGUACAGCGAGAUCAGCCCCCAGACGGCGAGCCAGCGGGCGCCAGACGGGGGCCUGCUCUACAACGCGGGCAACAUCUGCAACCACUUCUUCACCCGAGGCUUCCUGCAGACCAUCUGCAGAGAAUUCGAGCCCUUGCUGGAGCCACAUGUGGCUGUCAAGAAGGUCCCGUACGUGGAUGAGGAGGGGAAUCUGGUAAAGCCGCUGAAACCAAAUGGAAUAAAGAUGGAGAAGUUUGUGUUUGACGUGUUCCCGUUUGCUAAGAACUUCGUUGCCUUCGAAGUGCCGCGGGAGGAGGAGUUCUCGCCGCUGAAGAACGCGGACUCUGCGGCCAGGGACACCCCCACCACGGCCCGGCGGGCCCUGCUGGCCCAGCACUACCGCUGGGCCCUGCGGGCAGGUGCCCACUUUCUGGAUGUGCAUGGGGCCCAGCUCCCCGAGCUGCCCGGCCUGCCAGAAACCGAGGACCCUCCAGCCAUCUGUGAGAUUUCACCCUUGGUGUCUUAUUCCGGAGAGGGCCUGGAGAUGUACCUGCACGAGAGGGAGUUCCAGUCCCCCCUGAUCCUGGACGUGGACCAGGCCAGGGCACUGCUACUCCAGGGGUCCUGACAUGCUGCAGGGUCCACUCCAGACCUGCAGGGGCCGGGACACAGUUCUGAGCAGGACUCAGAGAAGGGCACCUCGCUGCUCAGCGUCUCCGGCCCAGAAACACAGAAGGAACACAGCUGUUCACUGCCUGCGGGCUGUGACUGUCCUGUCACUCAUCUCCUGGAUACAGGACAAUCGUGGGCCUUGGGGGGCCAGGCCUGCCCUUGGCUCCUCUCCGGGCUGUGGGGUCCUGAGGAAGUGGCAGCCUGAGCCCUGGGCUCCGAAGCCGCCCUCCUCUGCCUUUUCCGUCUCCCAGUUUUAACGGACUUUGGUGCUCACACUCUCACCUGCUCUCCGGGAGGGACGCGGCCUCCUUACCUGGUGCUGGGCGGGUCUCGGUGCUGACCCCUCCCUGCGCCCCCACAGCCCUGCCGGGGCUGGGGACACCGGCUGACUCUGCCCUCUGGGUCUGGCCCCCGUUGAUCGCACCUGUCUUCCUAUCAGGGGACACAGGAGUACCCCGUCCCCCACGUGAAACGCUCACCCACGCUGUCCCGUAGCCCUGCCCCCACCCUGGCCCCCACACCCCACAUGGAGGGUCUCCCCUCACCACCAUCACUCCUCCCAGGGUGAGGGGGACAUCUUGAUGGUGGUCAGGUGCGGUCAGCAGCAUGGAGGGGACGGAGGCCGUGUUGUCACACCUGGGCCAGGCUUGGCUGGGGUCGCGGCUCCCCAUGUUCAGAGCUGGCCUGGGUGACGAUGCACACGCCGACCGCAUCUGCCGGCCCCCCUCCUGAAACCUCAGGACCCAGCCGUGUGCCUGUGCCUUUCUCCCCGGCUUCCCCUCGCGGGACCCCCAGCUGCUGCUUGUUGCCGUAACUGGAACAACUGUGCAAACCUCUUUUCGUACAAGUACAGCUAGCUGGGUAAACUUUUA